AUGAUUGUUUUACAAUACUGUAAAGAUGGAAAUUUGAGAAAUUAUAUAAAUAAAUUUGAAAAACAUAUAAAUUAUGAGCGAAAAAUUGACCAUUUAUUCCAAAUUUCAAGAGGCCUUUUAUAUAUUCACAAAUCUGGAAAAAUUCACACAGAUCUUCAUUCAGGCAAUAUAUUAUUUGAUAAUGUCCCGUAUAUAAGCGAUUUUGGAUUAUGUCAAUCAGAAACUAAUAAUAAAAAACAAGAAGUUUAUGGUAUUUUACCUUAUAUAGCUCCCGAAGUUUUGCGUGAGAAUCAGUAUACAAAAGCAAUAGAUGUCUAUUCAUUUGGAAUAAUAAUGAAUGAAUAUAUUUCAGAAAAAUUCCCGUAUAAUGAUACCCCACAUGAUCAUCAUGUUUUGACAGUUAAAAUAUGUAGUGAAGGGUUUAGACCAAAAAUUUCUGAAAAUACGCCAAAAUUGUUUAUAGAUUUGAUAACUAAAUGCUGGGAUGCUAAAGCGGAGAAUAGACCAACUGCUAAAGAAUUA